UGUUUCUUUAUUACUCUCACUCUCUCAGACGAGUUUAAUAAGAAAUAGGCAUAAAACUCAACCUUGUCGUCGCCGUCGUAUCCUUCUCCGGCAGAACAAUCACGCACUCCGGCAAGUCCGAUGGAAAGAGGAAGAAACAUGGAACCGCUCCCAACUGAUCUGAUCCUGGAGAUAUUUACGAGAUUACCGUCGAAGUCAGUCGCUAGGUUUCGUACCCUGUCGAAGCACUGGGCGUCUACGCUUCGCAGCCCGGAUUUCAAGAAGCAGUUCCUGGCCAGGUCCUCGGCUCGUCCUCGACUCUUGUUUGCGGUCGAACGAUAUCAAUAUAACGAGUGGUUCUUCUUCUUGUCGCCUCAGCCACAGAACCGCCGGUAUGAGAAGUCGCUUCCUUUAGAUUAUCAUACCAAGUUCAGAGGAGACGUAAGCCGAUACAUUUGUAGCUAUGCCUCAGGUUUGAUCUAUUUCCCUUUUGUACGAAUCAUUGAGGAGGAGGCACCUUUGAUUUGUAACCCUAUCACCGGAAUGUAUGAGGUCUUAGCAGUCAGGAAGUACAGCAGGUCUCGAGGCUUUUUAGGAUUUGAUACCAUUGAUAAGCAAUUCAAGGUUUUGGAUUUUUAUAGCAUUCUAACAGUAGGAGGAUCUGGAGAAGUCAACUGGAGGACUCAGAAUGUCUCUUGUGAUCUGUGGUAUCAUCGUUGUUCGACUGCAGGGAUAUGCAUCAAUGGGGUUUUGUAUUACUUAGCUAAAACAUUUAUUGAACCAUCUUUUGUGGUAGUUCGCUUUGAUGUUAAGUCUGAGGAGUUCGAGUUUAUUGACGCAGCAUGCCUUAAUGAUCAUCUAGAACAUCCUAGUGAACUGAGUUUGGUCAACUUUAAGGGUAAAUUAGGUAUGAUUAGUUGCAAUGUUGCUGAUGCUUGUGGAAGACGUACCGUUGAGUUGUGUAUGUGGGUUCUAGAGGAUGUUGAAACACAAGAAUGGGUGAAAUAUGUCUACACUCUGCCACAUAAUGAAAUCCUUGGUUCCUGCGAAUUUAAAGUUGCUGGAGUGACUGUUACUGGUGAUAUUGUUUUGUGUAUGAAACAUACAUGUAAGCCGUACUAUGUGUUCUACUUCAACCCUGAAAAGAACACUCUCCAAAGUGUUGAAAUCCAUGGUUUUGGCGCUGAGCUUGAAUCGGUUGAGGAUCGUGGUGAAGUUUAUGCCUUUGUAGACCAUGUCGAGGAUCUUAGCGUUGACGAUGGACUGCAACUCAAGUCAAGCGUUUCUCAUAUCAAGACUCUCUGCUCCUGCUGUAAAAAGGUAGUGCAGCAUAACAACAUCGAGGAAAAGGUAUGAUGUAUGAUAAUGGUAUGAGUAGGGAGAAGAAAUGAAAGAGACAUCAAUGAAGAUGAAGUGAAAAAGAAAAGAAGAAGAGAAGAGUAUAAGAGAGUAAACAAUGAGACAAGGAGUAGGUAAAAAAGCAAUAGGGCAAUCAUAUAUGUGUUUAUGUUCUUUAGUUAGUAGUUAUAGACGUUGGUUUGGUAAGUCUGUGAAUCAAAAUCUAGCUUUGGUAAAUCGUAUGUACCUUUUGACUAAAUUUGUUCAAUCUAGUUUUCUUUUAUAAUUGCAUCUCUCUUCAGUUCUAAAUCAAGAAAAUUCUCUCCGAUUGUAGAGUUUAUAUGUAUAGUUUGAUGCUGUCUUCUACCAUUGCACAUUAUUUUUGCCUUGUUACCAUCGUCGGGAAGAGGUCUCUGCAAGAAGAACAAGCGCAGCAGAACAGGUACGAGUAUUUGCAAACCUAGA